GGUCAAAGCUCCGGAUCCCGGAUCAUGGCGAGAAAGGGCCGUCCAAUUCAGGGCCCUGUUGAGAAACAAUGGAAACAUCCUUACUUCACACACACCAUGUUACAGUCAGACGCCGACAACUAUUUUCAGACCUCGGACUCGGUCGCCGAACAGAAACGCAGACAGGCCAAAGCCUCGAACAAANAUGGCAACCCCGUCGCCCUGACCUCAAAGAUCCUCGCCGUCCAUGCCGACCCACAAGACCCGGAUGCCGUCUACAUUGCCGAAGCUGCCGGCACCGCGAGACGUAUCGUCCUCGAGAAUGGCGACAAGUCAACCGUCUACACGGGCGCUGCUGCUCCCCUGACAUCCCUCACCGUCCUGAGGUCACCAUCAGCCAACCCUAUCCUCUUCGCCGCAUGCUGGGACAAGACAAUCCACUCAUGGGACCUCAAGACUCGCAAGCCCCUGCGCCGCUACACCGGUCACUCCGACUUUGUAAAAUGCGUCCUCGCAACUGAGCUAUCUGGUACUCCUGUGCUACUGUCUGGCUCUGCCGAUUCUACCAUCAUAGUAUGGAACAUUGAGNACGGGCAAAAGAUACACACACUCAAGGGUCACGCCCGCGCUGUCCUUGAUCUCGCCCUCGACCCAGCAGCAACCACAAAGGACGAGCUCUGCCUCUUCAGUGCCGACACCGUGCGCGACAUCCGCAGCUGGAAGAUUACUCUCCACAGUGCUAGCGAGGGUCCGGCUACACCACUGCGACCCCACGAGACCUCUGUCAAUCGUCUACGCUUCGAGGACUCGCUUGUCGUAGACGCCGACGACGCCGAUGCUGAUGCAGACCUCUGGACCGCAUCUUCGGACAAGACAGCCCAGAGACUAGUCCGCUCGCGCGACUGGACUACCGACACCACACUCGCUCACCCUGAUUUUGUACGAGACAUUGUCAUUGACCAGCAAGCUGGAUGGGUAGUCACUGCAUGCCGUGACGAGGAGGUGCGUGUCUGGAACUCUGCUUCUGGAGAGCUGGCUUGUGUUUUCAGUGGCCAUUUCAAUGAGGUCACUGGCCUUGCCUUGCUGCCUCCCGCACAAGGCAGCAGAGCCAGCCGUGUCGUUAGUGUUAGUAUUGAUGGCACGCUAAGAACCUGGUCUCUCGACCCUGCAGAGAUCAAGAAGGCCAAGGAGGAAUAUGAGCGUCAACAAAACGGGGCCGAGGUCGAGGAAGAGCCAGAAGUCAAGAAGGAGAGCAUGCUCACAGCAGAAGAGGAAGCCGAGCUGGCUGAGUUGAUGGAUUCUGACGACGAAUAG